AUGGGGCGGGGCAGGGGGAGCCCAGGACACAGUAGCAGGAUGGGUGGGCGGCCCUCGAGCCCCUUGGACAAGCGACAGCAACAGCACCUGAGGGGCCAGGUAGACACCUUGCUGAGGAACUUCCUGCCCUGCUACCGCGGGCAGCUGGCAGCCUCGGUCCUGUGGCAGAUCUCCCGAGAGCUGGGCCCCCAGGAGCCAGCCGGAUGCCAGCUGCUGCACAGCAAAAAGCUGCCCCAAGUCCGGGAGCACCGAGGGCCCCUGACCCAGCUGCAGGGCCACCCACCUCAGUGGCAGCCAAUCUUCUGUGUCCUGCGUGGGGACGGCCGCCUGGAGUGGUUCAGUCACAGGGAGGAAUAUGAAAAUGGGGACCGUCCCCUGGGCUCCACAGUCCUGACAGGGUACACAGUCCUGACUUCCCAGAGUGAAUAUCUCCACCUGUUGGACACUCUCUGCCCAGAAUCCUCAGGACACCAUACACAGGAAGAGCCUGACCCCCUCUUGGAAAUGCCCGUGAGUUUCCCCCUGUUCCUGCCGCACCCCUUCCGCCGGCACCUCUGUUUCUCUGCAGCCACGGCGGAGGCGCAGCGCGCCUGGAGGCUAGCCCUGCAGGGCGGCAUCCGGCUUCGAGGCACAGUCCUGCAGCGAAGUCAAGCCCCAGCCGCCCGUGCCUUCCUGGACGCCAUACGGCUCUACCGGCAGCAGCAAGGCCACUUUGGCGACGACGACGUGACCCUAGGCUCGGACGCCGAGGUGCUGACUGCGGUACUGAUGCGGGAGCUGCUGCCUGCGCUGCGAGCCCAGACCCUGCCCGGCCUGCGGGGGGCCGGCCGCGCCCGGGCCUGGGCCUGGGCCAAGCUACUGGACGCCGUCCACGCUGCAGUCCUGGCCGGGGCCUCCGCUGGGCUCCGCGCCUUCCAGCCCGAAAAGGAGGAGUUGCUCGCCGCCCUGGAGAAGACUAUCCGCCCAGACGUAGAUCAGAUGCUGAAGUUGCGGGAGCGCGUGUUAGGGAGGCUGCAGGCCAACGUCCAGGGUCCCCUCGAGUCGUGCCUGCGCAGGAAGGUGGAUGCGCAGCUGCCCCGGGUCACGCAGUCGCUGCUGAGCGCCGUGGAAGCCGAACUCGCGGCGGUGCAGACCCUCCUAACCCAGGGCAUGGACCGCCUGUCCCGCCACCUGCGUGGGAGCCCCUCCAGCACCCGGCUGCGGAGGGAGGUUUACUCAUUUGGGGAGAUGCCAUGGGACCCAGAGCUGAUGCAGACCUGCUACCGAGAGGCGGAGCAGAGCCAGGGGCGCCUGGGGCAGCUGGCAGCACCAUUUGGCUUUUUUGGAACACAGAGCCUGGUGUUUGGGGCCCAGGAUCUCGCACAGCAGCUCAUGGCUGACGCCGUGGCCACCUUCCUGCAGCUGGCCGACCAGUGUCUGACCACGGCUCUGGACUGUGCCCAGGCUGUCCAGCAGCUGGAGAAAGUCAGGGGGCGCGUGCUGAAGAAAUUCCAGUCGGAUAGCGGCUCAGCGCGGAGGAGGUUCAUCCAUGGCUGGCUGCUCUGCAUCUUCUUGCCCUUUGUGUUGAGCCAGCUGGAGCUGAGCUGCAAAGCGGAGCUGCCUGAGUUCGAAGGGGACGUCCUUGCUGUGGGCAGCCCUGCUCUGACCAUUGAGGGUAUUUAUGAGGAUGUCAUCCGGGGGGUCCUGCUGCAGAGGAUCAAUCGAGAAUUGAAAAAUGCCCUUGGUGCCAGCAACAUGUCCUGCACUCUGGAUGGCUGCUCGGAGCUUCCAUGGGACCAGGCAGAAACAGAUGUGGAAACUGAGGCUCAGAGAGGCACUUGCUCCAGACAACCAGGCUCCAGCACCGAGGUCUAGCCACUCUGCCCACUGCCUCCUCCAGGGACAUUCCAGAGCUGAAGCUUGGCCCACGUUCAUCGUCAUUCUCAAUGGAUAAAUGUCUACUAGUGGAAUUUCUGAGUCAAAGCAUAUGUACCAGUUCAAGGCUUGUAUAAUCCCCACACCUCUGCCUUACUCCUCUCCAGAAAGGCUAUGCCUUUUAACACUCUCACCAGCAGCAUUUGUACAUAUUCUCUU